CUGGCUAGUACAUUGCUUGAUCUCGACUGGUACAGUUGGCAGCGACUUAAUUUUGAGCUUGUAUUAACCUAACUUAAAAAUGCUGAGAUUAGUCGUGUUGCUCGUAGCGGCAGUUGCUGCUUCAGCUAAUGUCAUCCACGAAAACAAUUGCCCUGUGUUGAAGCCGGUAGAAAACUUCAAUUUAACAGCUUAUCAAGGCACAUGGUACGAGAUCUCCAAGUACCCGAAUUCAGCGGAAAAAAAUGGCAAAUGCGCCUCAGCUGAGUACAAGCUCGACGGAGAAGUGAUGAAGGUGAAGAACAUCCAUGUUGUGGACGGAGUUCAGACGUAUAUUGAAGGCGCGGCCAAGCUAGCUGCUGAUGCUAAUAAGGCUGGCAAGCUGGUCGUCUCGCUUAAGUUUGGAGAUGUGACUAAGGACUCCCAAUUGAAUAUCCUGGCGACGGACUACACACACUACGCCAUAGCCCACAGCUGCAAAUACGAUGAGAAAACCAAGAACCACCAAGAUUUCGCCUGGGUCCUUUCUCGAAGCAAAAAACUAGAGGGUGAUGCCAAGACCGCCGUGGACAACUACCUAAAGGCCAACGCUAAGGAACUGGACGCCACCAAGUUCGUGCAGACCGACUUCUCUGAGGCUGCCUGCAAGUUCACCAGCACUAGCCUAAUCACUGAACCUGUGAAGCACCAUUGAGAACCCUGAAUGCACCAGUUAACUGACCGAAUGUCGCUACUUUUGAUACAUCACAAUACAUAGGAAUUAAUCGUAUGCAUUACAUUUAGUCUCCUUCGUCUUUUUAUUUGCUACAACUUUUCGCUGCCAGAUCUAAACCUUAUGGCACGGUGAUAAAAUCUACCAACGGCCAGUAUUAUUUUGUGUAAGGUCUUAAUGUUAUUCUUUAUUACGAUAUAAAUGACACAGCCUAUUGUCUUUUAUUCGUGAGACACAUCGUUAAAUAUUAUUGUCUCUUUCUUUUUGUAGUAUUUAGGUUAAGGAUUUUUUAAUGGAAGUAAUUGGAAAAGUCUCGUAAAAUGAUGCAUUUUUCUCUUGUUUCUGGUAAUUUAUAUGCAUCUUUAUCUAAGAGGAGCUUUUGAAAAUAACUAACAAGUUCAAAGUUUGAAGUAAUUUGAUGCUGUCUGUUACUGCUACUUUAACUACUUUACAUUUAAUAUGUGAUAAUUUAUGUAAGUCUGUCAAAGUUCAGAAGUUAGUUGAAUAAUUGUGUAAUAAAGAGAUGCUUUCUU